CGAUGGAGUUCAGAUGCAUUAAAACGUCUUUGUUUCUGAUUCUGCUGCUUCUGUUUAUAGCAGCAGCAACCGGACAGAAGUUCCUCUAUCACUCUGUGAGAGAUGGAGGUGAAGGCACUCUGCCUUGUAACGAUGUGAUGGAUGAUCAGAGUAACUGUGACGGUACUGUCUGGACCUUCAGGGGCUCAUGAGGCAGAGCAACAGUACCUCUGGUUGAACGUGGGCAGAGUGUUGAAAACACAGACAGACUGAGUGUUACAGAGAAAUGUUCUCUGCGUAUAAAGAAGGUCACAGUUCAGGAUACUGGUGUUUAUCAUUGUCAGCAGUUUGGAUCAGAUCUAAACACUGUUCUCCUGUCUGUUGUUACCUUCACUGAACAUCACAACAAUGAUCAGGUGACAUUAAACUGCUCUGUGUCCAUAUAUGACUUCUGUAGACACACAGUGAAGUGGCUGUUUGAAGGUCGAGAUGUGGAACACUCAGAUAUAAAGACGUCACAGUCUCUCUGCUCUGCCUCUAUGACUGUUCUGACUUCUCGUUUUAGUUACACACAACGUUUACUUACAUGUGCUGUGAGUUUCAUUAAUGAUAAGGGAGUGCAGAUCUUCAGCCCUCAGUCCUCAGGUGAGAACAUGUUGAAAUGUCUAAAGUCACUUCAAACUGACGAGAACAAUUACAUAAAACAUUUGUUUAUUUUAUGCACUUGAAGUUUUAAUAUUACAUCACAACAGAUGGUACAGAGAAGACAGUUUAUGGAACAGUUUGUGUUCAUCUGUUCAGGUGAGGACACACAACCAACAACAACAACAACAACAACAGGACCAACAACAACAGGACCAACAACAACAACAGGACCAACAACAACAGGACCAACAACAACAACAACAGGACCAACAACAGGUGGGUCUGUUCUGGACUACGUCAUGUUGCUGAUGCGUGCGGCUGAACUCCUCCUCCUGACCGUCAUUACUGUUCUCCUCCUCAGAGCCCGAGGGAACCAGAGACCACCUGAUGAGCACACUGUGCAACAUGACGGGGAAGGACGUGACGACACAGUGAAAUAUGAAAACCUCGGAGAACCUCAUGUCAGACUCUCCUGAUCAACUUCCACACGACAUCCACUCAGCAGAGAAACGAGCCCUCUGCUGCUCAACACUUCUUCUCAGCGGUGUUUUAAAGACAAAGUUUGUGCUGCGUUAAACCAAUUCUCUAAUGCAGGAAGUAAAUCUGUGCUUUCAUCUGAUUUUAAGAAGCUUGCUGUACAUCUAAGAACGUUUCUUCUUCUUUUGCUGCAUGACUUUUGAUCAAUCUUGGCACGACUUCCACCAUCUUUGUGAGGUCGACAUCAACAUGAAGUCCGGCCUGCAGAUGUUUCUGAUGGACUUUGAGUUCUUUAAGUUGCUUAUCAUGACUUCACUUCAACACUCUGUGUGCAGAACGACUCAUUUGACUUCACUUGAUGUGGAGUUGCUGGUUUGUGCUUCUUAAUGGAGUCAGUAACAGUGCUGUCUUUAUUAUAACUGAUGAUAUAAUCUGCUGGAAAUAAAUGUUAAACUCUCACGUGUUGUAACAGA